AUGGCAGCUUGUCAUCCGCGUCCACUUCAGCACCUCCAAAUUCAUGAUAGUGGUAUUAAUAAUGUCCAAACUGUUGGAAAUAUCAAUCAUCUUCAGUCGCAUAGUCAAAAUCAUCAAAAUUUACCGGCUCAUUAUUCCCCGCAUCUUUUAAAUUGGGUUUAUUUAGCAAUUGCGGAUCAAAAUCCGCAUAAUGAACAGAGUAAAAUCCUGCCAACAGUAUGGGGAAAUUUUCCAACUGCAUCCCAGCAUCAAAAUUACAUGCAGAAAAGUUCACUGAGCCCUGGAUCAAUUCCCCUCGACAGUAUCGGCGAGCUCGCGGAACAUUUCAACGAGCUGGGCCUUUUGGACAAAAAACCUACAAAAAGACCUCCUUCGACGUAUUUGUGUCACUUGUGCUUCAGAAAAGGACAUUACAUCAAAGACUGUCCUCAGGCUAGACCAAAAGGAGAAGGUUUGACUCCUUACCAAGGAAAGAAACGUUGCUUCGGCGAGUACAAGUGUUCUAAGUGCAAGCGCAAGUGGAUGUCGGGGAACAGUUGGGCAAAUAUGGGCCAAGAGUGCAUAAAGUGCCACAUCAACGUGUAUCCCCACAAGCAGGUGAGUCUGGGGUCUACGGCGAUGUUGUUAACAAGCACCUCGUCUCAUCCGUUCAACUCCUUGCUUCGUUACAGACCUUUAGAGAAACCCGACGGCUUGGACGUCUCCGAUCAGAGCAAGGUACAUCCUCAACAUCUCUGCGAGAAGUGCAAAACUCUCGGUUAUUACUGCAGACGCGAUCAAUAG